UCGGACUUGGUGCCGGUCGUAUCGUAGCUGUCGUGCUUUCAAUCGAGCAAUGGCAUUAACGAUGACGUUCGGUGCGCUUCGACCAUGGAACCCUGCCGUGGGAUCGUAAUCGGCGAAGGAAUCAACGUAAAGUUUUGAUCGUUUUGCUCUGUGUGUCAGUUUGGAUAAUUGUUAAUUGGACAACGAUGUCGUCGGUCACUCUACGCGCGUUGACAACGUGGAUCGAUAUGGAGAACCAGCAGGUGUGGGUGCGAGACCCACAGGAGGGUUUCAUAAUUGGGAAGUUCAUAGAUAUGGUCGACGGGGAUGCGCUGAUCGCACCACUGAACCCAAAAUAUCCACAGCGCACCUGCCCGCUGGAUGAAGUUUACCCCGCUGGGGAGUACACCAAAGACGUCGAAGACAAUUGUGCUCUGAUGUACCUGAACGAAGCCACGCUACUGAACAAUAUACGAACACGUUAUUUCAAGGAUAGAAUAUACACCUACGUCGCUAAUAUCUUAAUCGCUGUAAAUCCUUACUGCGAAGUGAAAGAUCUAUACUCGCCUCAGACGAUCAAAGCUUAUCAAGGAAAGUCAUUGGGAGAAACGCCGCCGCAUGUUUUCGCCAUCGCCGACAAGGCGUUCAGAGAUAUGAAAGUGCUGAAGCAGUCGCAGAGUAUCAUCGUUUCCGGCGAAUCCGGAGCUGGAAAGACCGAGUCGACAAAGUAUCUUCUUCGGUAUUUGUGCGAUCUAUGGGGAUUGACGGCUGGACCGAUCGAACAGAAAAUUCUGGACGCGAAUCCUGUAUUGGAAGCGUUUGGAAAUGCAAAGACUAAACGGAACAACAACAGCUCGCGGUUCGGUAAAUUCAUGGAGGUACACUUUGACUCGAAGUGCCAAGUCGUUGGCGGUUAUAUAUCUCACUAUCUCCUGGAGAAGUCGAGGGUCUGUCUUCAGAGCCCAGACGAAAGAAAUUACCACGUUUUCUAUAUGAUGUGCGCUGGUGCUCCUCCCGAGCUUCGCGCGAAACUCGGAAUUACGAAACCGGAUGACUUCCACUAUCUGAGGAACGGUUGCACGCAAUACUUUUGCAACGAAGAGUCGGCGAAGAAACUGAACGACGUGCAAAAGAGCCGCGAUCAAAUGAUAAAAGGUAGUUUGCACGAUCCGAUCCUGGACGAUGUCGAAGGAUUCAAUGCCAUUGAUCAGGAAAGAGCAACGGCCUUAACGCGGCUUGGUUUGACCGAAGCUGAACGAAUGGAAAUUUAUACGAUGGUGGCCGCUGUGCUUCAUCUUGGAAAUAUCAUGUUCGAGGACAAUCCUGAGGACACCAAAGGUGGAUCCAGAAUAUGCGCCAGCUCCGAGAAAGCGGUGCUGAUGUCCGCCAAGUUAUUGGCUGUAGAUCCUGAGGAGCUCAGGCAAGCUUUGGUCUCAAAAGUCAUGCAGACUAGUCGCGGUGGUAUCAAGGGAACGGUUAUCAUGGUACCGUUGAAGGUGUACGAAGCCAACAAUGCUAGGGACGCUCUGGCCAAAGCCAUUUACAGCAAACUGUUUGAUCAUAUUGUAGGUCGUAUUAACAAAAGCAUUCCUUUCCAAGCUUCGAGUUAUUAUAUUGGUGUCUUGGAUAUCGCAGGUUUUGAGUAUUUCAAGGUAAAUAGUUUCGAACAGUUCUGCAUCAAUUAUUGCAACGAGAAGCUACAACAGUUCUUCAACGAGAGGAUCUUGAAGUACGAGCAAGACCUUUACGCGAGGGAAUCUCUUAACGUACCUAAGAUAUCGUACGUCGACAAUCAAGACUGCAUCGAUUUAAUCGAGUCGAAAAAUAUGGGAGUGUUUAGUUUGUUGGACGAGGAAUCAAAAUUGCCGACUCAUAGUUUCGCGCAUUUCACCAGCGAAGUCCAUCGCGUUUGGAACGGUCAUUUCAGAAUAACAUUGCCGAGAACUUCGCGGUUAAAGGCUCACCGAGAGUUGCGAGACGACGAAGGGUUUGUGAUCCGCCAUUACGCCGGCGGUGUCUGUUAUCAAACGAAUCAGUUUAUCGAGAAAAACAAUGACGCGUUGCAUGCUUCCUUGGAAGCGUUAAUUCAGGAGAGCAACAACAAAUUCCUUAGAACACAAUUCGCCAACAACUCGAGCCAGAAAGGGAAACUUACGUUCAUUAGCGUCGGUAGUAAAUUCAAAACCCAAUUAGGGGAGCUAAUGGAUAAAUUAAAGAGCAAUGGAACAAAUUUUGUACGUUGCAUUAAACCCAAUAACGACAUGGUCGCCCAUCAGUUCGACGGAAAUAGUAUUUUGGGACAGUUACGUUGUUCGGGGAUGACGUCUGUGUUGGAGCUGAUGGAGCACGGCUAUCCCAGCAGAGUUCCGUUCCAGGAACUCUAUAACAUGUACAAAUCCUAUCUGCCACCGGAGUUGGCUAAAUUAGAACCUAGGUUUUUCUGCGAGGCGUUGCUUCACAGCUUGAAACUGAACAAGAAAGACUUCAAGUUCGGAAUCACCAGAGUGUUCUUUAAACCAGGAAAGUUCGCUGAGUUCGACAAGAUUAUGAAAUCGGAUCCGGAGAACUUGAGGAAAUUGGUGGCGAACGUGAAGAAAUGGCUCCUUAAAUCUCGAUGGAACAAAAUGCAAUUCUGCGCCCUUUCCGUGAUCAAAUUGAAGAAUAAGAUUAUUUAUCGCAGACAGCAUCUAAUAGUUCUCCAGAAAACAGCUAGGAUGUACAUAGCCAAGAAGCAGCAUCGGCCUCGAAUAAAGGGAAUUUUGAAGAUAAGAAAUUUGAAGACGCAGCUGAUCGGAAUGGAGGAGACGUCGAAACAGUUGAAGAAUCGUGACAGGUCGAUGCACGACAUACAGAGACUGAAGAACGAUUUGGAGGCGGCGAUUAAGAAGAUCAAGGACAACACGAGAAUAAGACCGGCGGAGAUCGAUUCGCUCUAUACUAAUUCGGUGAAUCAAGUGAACAAACAAAUGGCGUCGUUGCAGGAUAUGGUUAAACAGCAAAAGGUUGCCGAGGAGCAGGCGAAAUUGAGGAAGAUCCAGCUAGAAUUGGAGCUCCAGAAGCAGCGGAAAGAAGAGGAGGAAAGAAAGAUAAGGGAAGAGGAGGAAAAUAGGAGAAAGAAACACGACAUCGAGACGAGAAGAAAGGCUGAAGAAGAACAGAAGAGGAAGCAAGAAGUAGAAGACCAGAAAGCUGCCGCAGCGCUUCAAGCGCAAUUGGAGAGAGAAGCAAUGGAAGAGAACAAAUAUCGCGAAUUACUGGAACAAGAGAGAAGAGAUCACGAAUUGGCGGUUAGACUGGCCCAAGAAUCAAAUGGACAGGUCGAAGAUUCACCACCGCCUGUACGAAGCGGUUCCGAGAUACGAGUACCAUCGAACAACAACAGGUUAGCAAGGUCAGAGCAAGUGCGCAAUAAUCAGGCAGCCAUGGCUAAUAAAAAGUACGACUUGUCCAAGUGGAAGUACUCCGAAUUACGAGAUGCUAUAAAUACAUCGUGUGACAUCGAAUUAUUGGAGGCUUGUCGUCACGAGUUCCACCGAAGAUUAAAAGUUUAUCACGCCUGGAAAGCGAGAAAUCGCAGGAGAACGACAAUGGACGAAAACGAAAGAGCACCGAGAUCCAUCAUGGAAGCUGCUGCUAAAACCCCGAGAACUCCAAUUAAGCAAUCGAUAGUAGAGUCUUCGCAGCGAUACUUCAGAAUUCCAUUCGUGCGACCUUCUGCGCCAGGACAGCAAGACAAUUCGCACACAUCUGGUAAAAGAGGAUGGUGGUACGCCCAUUUCGACGGCCAAUACGUUGCAAGACAAAUGGAACUUCAUCCUGACAAAGCACCAAUCCUACUAGUAGCAGGUAUCGACGACAUGCAAAUGUGCGAAUUGAGCCUAGACGAGACUGGGUUGACUAGGAAACGGGGUGCCGAGGUGUUGGAACACGAGUUCAAUCGUGAAUGGGAAAAGCACGGGGGUAAACUGUACAUUCCUCCGUGCGAUCGUAAGAAAUGAGAAGUUAGUUGGAACGUUCGUCGAAUAUGCGAAAAUAGCUCUUAACACGUAUACAUCACGAAUUUUGUAUUUUUCUCGGUAUCGAGCCAUUUCGAUGGCGUAUCCACAGCACAGUGCCUUAGAAAUUCUGUAUGUAUGUUUAUCGAGUAUGUUAUUGAUUCGUCACGAGAAAGUAGAGCAGCCGAGCGGAUUCAUAGUGGAUCUAUGGAUCGAUCGACUCUGUGUGCUCGGUGCGUUGUAAAAUAUACAGUAUUCGGAUUUGUUUACGAGAAUUAGGUGAUUCCUAGCGCGAUAAAGUCUAAAUUGAAACGUAGAAUUUUUUUGUAAUCGCUUAAAAGAG